CUUCCUUGUACCCUCUAUCUCCACUUCUGCCUCUUGCACUUUUUCCCCUUUUGUUUGCUUUCUCUUCUCUUUAGAUUCUUUCUCACUUCUUCCUCUUUCCUUCUAAUUCUAUAUAUAUAUAUAUAUAUGUUUUGUCCACUUCCAUUACAUAUUAGUUAGAGAGAAAAAAGAAAUAAGAGGUAUCAAUAUGUGUCACAGCCACCAAUUCCCUUGUUUGCGUUGCUAUCCAAAUGACUACAUUCGAAUGUAUUUAUGGAUCAUUGAACGUUUUGCAUGGAGUUUCAGGUUCAACAUCUGAUAGAGAGGUGCCUUCUCCUUCGCAUGAGUAGAGAUGACUGCAUUGAAGCUCUUGCAGAGCAUGCUAGCAUCCGCCCACUUAUCACUCUUACUGUGUGGAAGGAGCUAUUUAAAGAGAACAGACACUUCUUUCAAGAAUAUUUCGAUGCUGUUUCUCCAAGACCUUUCAAUUUCAAUGGUAGAACUGUUGAAAGGGUAUCAAGAUUAGGAGGAGGAAGCCAUGGAGAUGAAAGAAACAGAUUAAUGCCACUUCUCCCAUAGAAAGCAUUAUAAAAAAUUUAUGUGUUUUCUUUCUUCUCUUCCUUGUAAUUUUGACUUAAUUAAGUUAUUAAAUGAGGAACUACAUCACAUGUGGUAAGUUAAGGCUUGGCCUCUUAAAAAAUAAGAAGUCCUACUUCAAAACUUAAAGCCUGUCAAGGUGGAUAUGUUAUGAGAAAUGAUAAAAUUGAUCUAGUUAAUUUCUU